UGAUAAGCCCCUCCUUGCCUGAACGGGACUAGCGCCACAGUCCGCCAUCAGCUCCCCCCAGAAUGAGCUCAUUCCCCACCAAUGACUGUGUUCUGCCCCAGAAGCGGUGGCAGAUUGCGUGAUCGAGGGGGGUUUCCCUCCAGUUCCAACAUGGAGGGGCAGGCAGUUCUCAGCCCUCCAGCAUUGAGGGGAAACCAGAGAGUGUGUCCGAAUUCGGGGAUGUUGUCCACGGCACCCGCAACUAUUUAGCCUCUCUUUCAUCCUUCUUUCCCCCCCUGCUCCCCUCGUACCUCAACUCACUCACUCCCUCCCUCCUUCUCACCACUUCUACCCGCAUCCUCCCUAAAUCUCUACCAUACCAUUCACAAUGGCUCAGGAUCGUGCUCCUCCUCUCCGUCUCGGCUCUGAGGCCCCUAACUUCGAGGCUGAUUCCUCCAACGGCCCCAUCACCUUCCACGACUUCAUCGGCGACAGCUGGACUGUUCUCUUCUCCCACCCCGAUGACUUCACUCCCAUCUGUACCACCGAGCUUGGUGCUUUCGCUAAGCUCGAGCCCGAGUUCACUGCUCGCGGUGUCAAGUUGAUCGGUCUGAGUGCCAACGGUACCGAGUCCCACCACGCCUGGAUCAAGGACAUCGACGAGGUCACCGGCUCCAACCUCAAGUUCCCCAUUAUCUCCGACCCCGAGCGCAAGGUUGCCUACCUGUACGACAUGGUCGACUACCAGGACACCACCAAUGUUGACUCCAAGGGCAUGGCUCUCACCAUCCGCUCCGUUUUCAUCAUCGACCCCAAGAAGAAGAUCCGUCUCAUCAUGACCUACCCCGCCUCCACCGGCCGUAACACUGCUGAGGUCCUCCGUGUCAUCGAUGCCCUCCAGACCACCGACAAGCACGGCGUCACCUGCCCCAUCAACUGGACUCCUGGCGAUGACGUUGUCAUCCCUCCCCCCGUCUCCACCGAGGAGGCCCAGAAGAAGUUCGGCGACAUCCGCAUUGUCAAGCCUUACCUUCGUUUCACCAACCUGAAGCAGUAAAUCAAAAAUGUCGAGUUCAGCCGAAGAUUGGAAGGAUGUUUGCAGUGGUGCAGUUCGAUUACAGGACUGGUGCUGAGAAAAGGGAGACAGAUUUGAUACGAAAGUUAUGAAAAAAUAUGAGAUAAUAUUUUAUACCCUAUGGUUCCAGAUGGGGUAGCGAGGAGUAGUUCAAGGCCGGCUGCAGGAAGUUGAUCUUUAUG